AUGAGCAUGGUUGUCCUAUUUGAUAUUAUGUUUGAUGGAGAGAUUUAUCAUCCUAAUAUUCAGAGUCCGCGUAAUCGAAAGAACAAAGGUGUUAGUAAAGACGAAGUUGCUUGGAGUUAUCCUGAAUUACAUGGAGAUCCUGCUUGUGGAAAGACUUCCUAUUGUCGAGAUACUCAUCCUGAUGCGUAUUAUAAAGACAAUACUCAAUGGUGGGACAGAUAUAGGGGACAAUCGGUUGUAGUUUUAGAUGAUUUUAUAGAUGGAUUCAAUAUAAUAGUAGGAAUAACUAGUCAGCGUCAUUAUAGUGAAUGGUAUAGUUCAGAAAGGAUUAAAGGCUACGAUGAGGGUGCUUUAGAUGGCGUAUACAUAGUGUAA